GGUAGUAGGUAGCAGGGUUGAGGAAUUGCAGGAGUAAGGUUAAAUCUAUUGUUUACUAAACUUUUCCAACAAUUACAGCAACAAUAUAAAACCUAGAAAUCGUAUUGUUGGUUUAGGUUUAGUUGUAUUGUUGAAACAAUAAAACCAACGAUGUCUAUACCUUUAUUUCCAACUUUAAAACCCAAAUUGUUUGAUUCAGCAUGGUUUAAUGUUGAUCAACCGUGUGACGAUGAAAACGAAGUUACGCAGUUGGAACAAGAAUAUAUUGCAUGGGAGGAAGCUGUAGGAAACAAGUACAGUGACAUUACUCCAAUUGGAAAGACUUCCACAGAGAAUAUGGACGAUGAAGAGGAGGAAGACGACGAAGAUGAUAAUGAUGAUGAUGAAGAAUCAGAAACACAUGAUGAGGAAGAAGAGGAGGAAAUUGAAAUGGAUGUUCCCUAUGACUCCAACUCUUCAGUAGGGGCAAAUAUUAGAAUGGUACAGGGAAAUGGAGGAACGUAAAGAUACCGACUGAUAAUUCACUAAUGUUUUUGAUUACUUUCAAAUGUUAUAUGUACCUAUGCUUUUUUAUAUUGUAUUAUUAAAAACUCAUAAGAAAAUAUAAAAAUACAACUUA